AUGACUUCUCGAUCCCCCACCAUAGGCACUCCGCUGCCGAAGCUGUCGGUCAUUCCGGACAGUCCCUCCAAGGACGCGCCGGAGACACCUGCGUCGGUGGUGCCUUUCCCAGCACCACAGACGUUUGAAAUUGUUCCGCCUCUCCACGGUAUUCUACUUCGUCUCCUUACACCACAGAAUCCGCAGAGCGGCUCAAGCGGCGUCCACGAAGACCACGCAGGGCUUUCAGGUCCCUCGGGCGACUCUCAAUCACAAACACAUCCCACGGCGCCGAACAUAUCCAAUGGCCACAGCACCGAUCCCUCCGCUGCUCACCUCAUACCCGACUUGUCUGCGCAGGGCUCCAACGGUCCGCCCGCUCUCAAUGUCAAAGAUCUUCCUACCGCUACGAGCUCCGUCAAAGUUCGCAUACAGAAAGCGCGCGCGGUUGUGGAAGCGCUUCCCGACGUAGACAGGUCGGUGGAAGAGCAGCAAGCCGAGAUCACAGAGCUCGAAGACCGCAUCGCUCGUUUACAUGCCGUAAUCUCGGACUUUGGCAAUCGCGCUCGCGAAGCUCCCCAGGAACAAAUGGAGAUUACACACGAUUAG